UUACCCGAAGGUGCCUAUUUUUUGGGUGAUAAAGAUCAAGUUACCAUUUUAUACAUCCGUAAAUGUUACAUCCACUUAGCUGAUAUUGUUUUUAAUGAGAAAAUACAUCGUUGUCGUAUUACCGGCAAUCCCGGAAUUGGCAAAACUUUUUUCGGUUUUUACCUACUCUAUUUUCUUUCAAGACAAAAUAAAACCAUCGUGUACCACAAAGCUCGUCAAUGUCCAAUUCUCUUCAACAAGCAACACAUCUUCUGUAGUAAUGAUAUCUUUGACUUUAAAGAAUACUUGGAUAAAGCAGAUGUCUGGUAUAUUGUAGAUGGCCAACAACCAUUCGAAGUUCGUGCUAAGACGAUCCUUUUCUGUUCUCCUCAAAAACGACAUUACAAAGAAUUCGAUAAAAUGGUUGAAACAACAAUACGCUUUAUGCCAGUAUGGUCAUGGAAUGAGAUCAACGAAUGUAGGAUCGGUAUGUUCAAUCAUCUUGAGGUAGCAAAGGUUGAGGAUUUGUACUCACAUUGGGGAGGGGUUCCUCGAUUCAUCUUAGAAAAAGCUCUAGAUUCUUCUGAGCAAAGUCAUCUCGAAGAUGCAAUUAGCGA